AUGACGAAUUCUCUUUAUCAAACUUUGGAGAAAUACAAUUCUGAAAAUAUCAUAAAAGCAUCUGUUCUGGCCAGUGUAUGGCUGAGUUAUCAAAAUGAAAGUAUGACUUUUGACGAGGUUUUAACAGAAGCUGAAAAUUAUUUCAAAGAAUAUCCUGGCUUAGGAGAUUGUAACAAAUAUCCAAUUAUUGUGGAAAUUAAACCAAGUGGUGGACCUGCAUGUGAAUCUUUGUUCACUCUGUACAGACGCUUACCAGACAAUCAAAAUCAAAGCAAAAUGAAAAACAAUAAUGCUUCAAAUGUUUUCAUUAGUGAAUGGUCUAAAUUUCCUGUUUACGUGAAACAUUUCAAUGCUAAAUCUAUCCAACAAGAUGAAUUCAUCACAAAGACAGAGGAAUUCAGUGAACAAUUGGUAAACAUGAAUGCUAAAUUCAGUUCAGAUCCAUAUUAUUGGAUUAUAUAUAAUGAAGGAGGUGAUGCAGAGAUUUGGAUCAAAGCUGAUUAA